GGAGCAUUUAUUGAUCUUCAUGCUUCGGCUGCUAAAAAAAAACUCGACGACCGCUUUAUUAUCCUGAUUGCGUAUAACAUAUUUUGCCCCUUGUUGCUUUCCUCUACUUGUAAUUGGUUAUGUCAAAAGCGUCUUGAAUUGUUGAAUGCGUGAUCUUCUCCGGAGUGUUGCCGCCUCAUCCCUCAAUGAAGCUACGUUCUGUUGUGCCAAGUAUUUAUUUGACCUUCCCUUACUCCUAAGAACCGCCCACCCAUUUCUUCCUCACAAUGGCGCCCAAGAAACAUCGUCCUGCUACAUCCGGCUAUGAGCGCCUUGCUCAGGCUGAUGAAGAAAGAGAUCAUGACUUUUACGACUACUCCGAUGAUGAGGACCCCUUCGCCGCGCCUCCUCGCCUCUCCACCUCCGCCCCCAGAUACGCCCCUAUUCAUUCCCGCCCCCAGAUGCAUGCAUCAGGACGGUCUUCACCAACUAGUUCCCGGCACCGCCCAAAUAGAUCUCGAAGGCGUGUGCGGAGUAAUUCCGGUGUGGAUAUAAAGGCCAUCAAUAUGCGGCUUGAGAGGUGGGCGGAAGAAAUCGCCGCCAAGUUCAAGAUUCACAAGGUUAAGGGAAAGACUGCCUCGGAAGAGAAAUUGGAGAUACACCACUCCGUAUUUCAGCCUCCCGAUGGAAUUCGCCCAGUUACGUCAGAAUCCCUCGAACAUGACCCUGCAGAUGCAGAUCGGAUGACCAAGGAGGAAUUCGAAGCUGUUGUCGAUAGCGUGAGAACUGCAAUCGAGUUAGGGGUACACCCGAAGAUGAUAUCACAGGGUAGCUCGGGGAGUUACUUUGCAAGAAAUAGCCAGGGGAAAGUCGUGGGUGUUUUCAAACCGAAAGAUGAGGAACCCUACGCAUCACGAAAUCCCAAGUGGACGAAAUGGAUACACAGAAAUUUGUUCCCCUGCUUUUUCGGCCGAGCUUGUUUAAUUCCUAAUUUAUCUUACGUUUCCGAGGCCGCUGCCUACGUCCUUGAUACCCGCCUAAAAACAAACCUUGUCCCCUACACCGACAUCGUCUAUCUAUCCUCGAAAUCCUUUUACUACGACUUCUGGGACCGUCGGAGUGCUUGGGGUAAUAGGAAACAGUUGCCGGCAAAAGUUGGUAGCUUUCAAGUCUUCUUGAAGGGCUAUAAAGAUGCCAACAUAUUCCUCCGUGAGCAUCCCUGGCCCGAUCAACAUAACUCCGGCUUCGCUGCAGGGGAUGCACCAAGGAGGAAGAAGCGUCCUUGGAAUGAAGCAUGUCGACCAUCCGGCACCCAGUCCGAUGACGAAGAUGAAUAUGAAGACCGUCAUUUCUCCCCAUCUCCUUCGCAAGAAGAGUCCCCCCAUCCUCGGUUUUAUUGGUCCGAGAACCUCAAGCAAACCUUCCGCGAGGAGCUUGAAAAGCUGGUUAUCUUGGAUUAUAUCAUGCGUAACACAGACCGUGGAUUGGACAAUUGGAUGAUAAAAAUCGACUGGCAGACUGAGAAUGUCUCUAUCGUUGCUGAACCGCCAAAGGUAAACGGCACAAACCAUUCGGAUGAUGAUGACCAUACGCCCCCGCCACAGCCUGUUUCUUUAAGCUCGGAUCGUCUAGGCUCAGGCAUUCGGCCAUACCGGCGCCAGGAAACGAUGGUUGCUGUUAGCCGGUCAGCGACACCGUCCAAUGCGCCAGAUCUACCCCACCCCAGCAUAUCCAUCGGAGCUAUCGAUAAUAGCUUAUCGUGGCCCUGGAAGCAUCCUGAUGCCUGGCGAAGUUUCCCCUUUGGUUGGCUUUUUCUUCCUGUUUCUCUCAUCGGUCAGCCGUUCUCGCGAAAAACUCGAGACCAUUUCUUGCCUCUCCUUACGUCGACCGCCUGGUGGAGCGGCACACAAACUGCUCUGCGGCGGGUCUUCAGUCAGGAUUCCGAUUUCAAAGAGAGCAUGUUUGCGCGACAAAUAGCAGUUAUGAAGGGUCAGGCAUGGAAUGUGGUCGAGACUCUCAAACAACCAGACCAUGGACCCCUGGAGCUUACGCGAAGAACACGAGUAUGCGUCUGGGACGACCUGGUCGACAUCCCCGUUGCCAUCCCGCUCCGCGUCUCUUCUACCGAAAUGCAGAAGCGACGAGAGCUAGAUCGCGAGCAGGAGGAGAUGGAUAUCAGCACAGCCAUAUCAUCCAACUCUGGGCCACACCGUGAUCUCUUAAACCUAGGCUCACCAUCCCAUGAACUUCCCAACCCUAACAGAUUCGCGCUGUCCCGCGAUGAGAGAGGCUCCGCAGACUCCAGCGGCAGAAGAGAAGUGGCGGGCAGCCCGACUUCGCUUGGUGGUUUUAGCCAUAGCAACUUUGACGGGGUAGACGAAGACAACGAGCGGGAUCUCACAGCGAGCUGGACAGCUGCUCCCGUCCGCGCUACUGCAUCUAACCCAUCGAGGCCCAAAUUAGGUGUCGAUUCCAAACAUGCAGCACAUAAAAAGAACGCCGCAUCCUUUACUCAUCGGCGGGGCAGCGUGGCGUUUAUGUUCGGCGGCGAUGAUCUUGAAGGUGACCUUGGCUACGCGGCGGCGGAAGAGAUGGAAGGGAAUGAGCGCAAGGUGAUCGUCGAGCGACUCGAGGCUGUCAAGAGCAAGAACCCGGUUUUCACCUGGUGCUGAACAGGAAGAAGUGCAAUCUAAUGAUUAUAAACAUUUAUUCCUUUGCUCAUUCACAUACAUGGUUUUGGUUGGGCAAAAUGCACCUUUCAGUUACCUUAAUGUUCUCUAUUUUGUUCCCGCCUUGCCCCCCUCUCUCCAAUGCGGGGGGUUUCUUCUCCCAAUGAUAUGUCUAUCUCUUUAUUUCGCAUUUCCCGUUUUACGUUUGUCAUCCAUGUCUAGGAUAUACAAUUGGGGUCAUGGCAUGAGCAUAUGGAGUUAUAUUAGCGUUGUUGGCAUGUUCCACUUUCCUGUCUUCUUUGCUUUUCUCUUUCUUUUCAUUACGGUCUUUUAUUAAAGGGAGGAUUCUUUAUUUUUGACCGGCUUGUGGUGGAAUUAAUAGAAACCUGCCUUCCUUGGGUUCGCCAAUAUCGUUUCUUAUUCGUGGUGUUUUCCGGGUGGUAUCGCAAGCAUGCCCAAGAUACAUAGCUCUUCAACUUUUGCCUUCUCGAUAAUGUCUUUCCAUUUUUUGCCGAAUUAUAUUUAUAUCUUAUUUCCUUCUACUAACCUAGAAUAUGUAUAUACGUACAUAAUAUUAAAUAACCCAAUACUUUCCCUGUUAUCAAGUCUAUUCUUUCCCCCGCAAAAUGUCUGCG